AUUGAUUUUUUCCUAACAACCCCAAGGCCCAAGCCAUGAAAUACCAUAUCAAAGCCCACUAGAACACAACACAUUCACCGUUGAAAGUCCUUGUUUUUUUUUUCUCUUGAAAGUCGGGGGUUUCAAAGAAAACUCGCAAACAUCUGAUAGGCGCUCGAAAAUGGAGAGCUCUUUGGCUGCUUCAGAAUCUCUUAUAGAAACCCUAAUUAGCAGAGGCUGGUCUUUCGGAGACGUCGAUCAGGUUAAAGCCCUAAUCGUCAUUCAGUCCGCUUUACAUGGCGAAACCCUUACCAUUGAUUUACUUGAAUCAGAACUGGCGAAUAUGGAUUUGCGAUCCAUUGGUGGAAAGUCUCUCCCCGACCCUUCUCUUCUCCGCAAGUCUUCUCAUCUUCAAGGCCCCAAAGUUCUUCAGAUAUCUUCUGCUAGAGACGUAUCUCGGAGCAGUGUAGCGGAUAGUUCAGGAAAUUCAAAUAAUCAGCGCCUGUUAAGAUUGGUUCUCACUGAUGGGCACUCUGAGAUAACUGCUAUAGAGUUCUCACAUAUACCCUCCGUUCCUGAUGAUGUUGUUCCCGGCACUAAGGUCCGUUUGGAAAAUAAAGCUGUGAUACAUGGUGGUAUUGUGUGUUUGAAUCCUAAAGUAAUAACUGUAUUAGGAGGUGUUGUUGAGUCACUUUACGAAGAAUGGCAGAUGAACAAAAAAUAUUCAGGUUUCUCUCGCUCAUCCUUGAGGCGAUCACAGGAAAGUGACACCAGUGGUCCUCCACCAUUCGAGAAGUUGAAAGUCAGGUUGCCUUCACUUCGAUCUGCUCAGCAAGGCAGAUUUUCUCUGUAUCCUGGGUCCACAUCCAAAAGCUCUGGGCCUAUUCCUGUUGAAAAAGGUGGAAAUCAUGAAUUUAAGCAGAUCAACAUGCUUCAGAAAAUUGAUAAUAGGAUGGAUGAUGAUGUGAAAUUAGCUUCACAUGCAGAAAGAAGUGAAGAAAAACCAAGUAGCUCUGAAGCAAGACUUAAAGAAGUGGCUGAAUCUCUCCCUGUUCAAAACCAAGCAGCUGCACAAAAACUCCUCCAGAAAAUGAGUCAGCCAAAUUGGGAUAAUCAUCGUUCUAGAGGUCGAAAACAUAGAGGGAAGGGGAGAGAGGAAGAAUCACCGGUUUACACUCUAGAUGAAUGGGAAAGGAAGAAAGCUGGGCCAAACCCUUCAAUGAGGGAUGAGCUUCGCAAUGUUAGCCAAGAUGAGGCUCUCGCGAGGCAGCUUCAAAACCAAUUGGAUUUGGAAGAUCUUCAAGCACAAGGGGCUCCUCAGAAAGCGGGGGCAGAGGAUAUAAGAAUGAGCAUGUUCAAUUUUGAAAGAGAUGAUGCGAAGGACCAUGGUAGAAUGGGAUCCAGAGGGAGAGGAAGAGGAAGGGGUGGGGGAAGAGGGAGAGGGAGAGGGAGAGGGAGAGGGGGAGGUAGAUUUGGUUGACUACUCUGCCUCCCUCUGUUCUAUAAAUUAGUGCACCUCUUCUUUGUGCAUCAGUUUUCUGAGGAAGGUUUGACUAACAUCUAUAAAGGAAAGUAGUUUUGUAGUCCUGAUGUGCUUUGCCGUCUUCUGUAUCAAAGGUGCUUUUGUCUACUAAUUCAUGAUUUGUCGGAAGUGAUGAUGAUCAUGUCUAGUUCAGCUUGGCUUGGACCUCAGCUUUACAAUGUUAUGUUAUUUGAUGGUAGUUCCCUUCUGUAUCGAUUACUAGAGGAUGGAGGAUGAGGUACAUGGAAAUUAACAUGGAAUGAUAGUAAUCUUUACAAUGUUGUUUGAUACCCCCCACACCCUUUGUUUUUUUUUUCCCGGGUGGGCGUAAGUUUUGGUUGGACGUUCCAUUAUAAAGAAAGGUUCAACUUUAUUGUUCUGUUUUUAAAGAACCAAUUUAACUGUUAAGGAUGGAUUUAGUAUUAUUAUUAUUAUAUGUAAGACCUGUAAGUUUUGAUUCACAGAUUAACU